AUUGCAACUCCUGCUUUUUGGAUUCAUCUGAUACAUGGUUAUGGCCCUGUUUUAUGUUGGUGACUCACACUCAGAAUUACAAAUUCCCAGUCGAAGUAACAAUAGAUAGAAAUAGUCCCCCUGCCCAUUCCUCCUUACCUAUCUGGGCAGAAUUAGUACUGCUUAUAGAGGGGGUAGAACAUGGACUCAGAGAUGAGAUGGCAUAGCCAUUGGGAAGGAGAGUGAUCAUGGGAUGGCAGGGGGUACACAUGGACUACAGGAUUUGAGACACAGGACACAAUUGAAAUCGUAUCUGAAAUAAUGGAAGUUUCUUAGUUCAGUUGCCUAAAAUAUUAAAAACGCAUCCUUUUCCGUGUGCCAUAGAGAUUAAAAAGCUCCAAUUUAAGAGUCAUGGAAAUGAAAGAUUUUGUGUCUGAUUGGUCUCCCAUGCAUGAUGCUGCUGUUAAUGGACGUCUCUUUUCUCUAAGGAUGCUCAUCAGUCAGGGGUAUGGUGUAAACCUCAUUACAGCUGAUCGAGUAUCUCCACUUCAUGAAGCUUGUCUAGGGGGCCACUCAACUUGUGCCAGUGUUCUGUUGAAGCAUGGGGCUCAGGUGGAUGGAGUGACUGUUGAUUGGCACACGCCUCUGUAUAAUGCCUGUGUAAGUGGAAGCCAGGACUGUGUGAACUUACUGUUAGAACAUGGAGCAAGUCCUCAUGCUGUGUGUGAUCUUGCAUCUCCGAUCCAUGAAGCUGUCAAAAGAGGUCACCUGGGGUGUAUGGAAUCCCUUGUAUCUCAUGGAGCAAAUAUAAAUGAAAAUAUCAGACACCUUGGCACUCCUCUUUAUGUGGCUUGUGAAAAUCAGCAGAUAGCCUGUGCAAAGAGGCUACUUGAAUCAGGAGCAAAUGCUAAUCAAGGCAAAGAGCUGGAUUCUCCUCUUCAUGUGGCAGCCAGGAACUCCAAUUCGGACCUGGUUCAUUUGCUGAUAGACUUUGGAGCAGAGCCACAUUCAAAGAAUGCGGAAGGCAAACGGCCAGUGGAUUUGGUUCCCUCGAAUAGUACCCUAGCGCAAGUAUUCUCCCAGAAAGAAGGGCCUCUGUCUUUGAUGCAGAUUUGCCGACUACGCAUUAGGAAGUGCUUUGGAAUCAAACAGCAUCAUAGAAUAAGUGAACUACUUCUUCCUGAGGAGCUGAAACGAUUUCUCUUACACAUCUAAACCUGUUCUUGUUUCCGUAAAUAAGAGGCCAACACAUUAGCAUAUUAAAAUCAUCUUUCUUUAAAAAAAAAAAAAAAAGAAGACGACUAGUGGCAUUGUUAUUUUUGUGCCUUGUAUUUCCAGAAUAAAGUUGGAUUACAUUGGACAGCACGGCUUCUUUUCAGUUAGGAAAGGAUUCUGUUUGAAUUUUCUCUUUGUCCUGGAAAGGGUGGCCAUACAGCUCUAAGCAGUGGCAUGGGACUCCGUUGACCUUUAGAUUUCAGAGCAGGUUACUGCCUGGGUAUUUGUUUUCUCUUCAGGACCACACUGAUGAUGACGAAUGAUUCUCAAUGAGUUAAUUCGAACUACAACUUUAAAGUUUGGCUUUUAAGAGUUUUAGGAGGGGUUGGAGACUGGAGAAUGGGGACACACAGGGCAGAGGGGCUACACACAGACAUAGAUUUGGUUCCCUGGAGGGAAGAUCACACACAUAUCCAUGCCAUCCCUCUAGGAAACCAGAUAAUGUUUGGAGCUCGCCCCAGGUGAAGAGAAUCAAGUAGAAGGAAGGGUUCUUGGACCAAGUAGGAACUGGAGCUAG